AUGAAAACUAUUGUAGAAAAAGUGAAGCAUGGUCGUCCAUCAAGAUCCUCAAAACCUCAAGAAACUGUUGCUAAAUCUUCUUCGAAGAUUCAAGCGAAAGUUUCAAAAUCUUCAUCUAAAACAAAACCAGUAUUAAAA